UCCGGCGGGGUAUAUAAAGUGAGCUCUGCUCCAUCGGCACACGGGAGAUCAUUCACUACCACCUCUUAAAGAGCUGCAUCUUGAUGAUGUACAUUGUUCAUCAUGUCAACUUCAACAAAAUACUUUCCAAAGAAAAUAUCUAAUGAUGCCAUCAACGAGCUAUUAGUGAACAUCGGCUUACCAAAGGCAACGAAUAUCAUAGUCCCCAAGGUGGAUGCCAACUACCAUGCUAUCUACAUGAUAACAUUACCACCUAGCAAAAAGGCUGCCGAUAGAGUUUAUUCUAAUGGGCUGGUCCUCCGUGUUGCUGUAGAUUGCUGGCCUAGAAUCAAGACCGAAAACGAGUCUGGUGUCAUGAAGUGGAUCUCGCAGCAUACCGAGAUCCCAAUCCCAAAGUUAAUAUCAUACGAAUCCUCAGAUCAAAAUCCGUUAGGUUACGAAUACACACUAUUACCCCGUAUCCCAGGAAAGCCCCUAUAUGACAUUUUGCAACAGUUAGACGACAAGCAAAUGGAUGAAAUUUUAGACCAACUGGCGGAUUUUCUCGUCGAACUACACUCUCACAGAUGGAAUAAGAUUGGCGGCAUAAACAUUGACGGGGAGGGUAAUUUUCACGUAUCACGGGUAAUGGACGAAAAUUUCUGGACUGCUCACCAAACCUCAUCAUGGCCCGCCGGCGAGACAAUACACACCCUGAACAUCGGCGGUCCUUUUAGAACCUAUGUGGACUAUAUAACAGCCCAGAUCAAGCUGUAUAUUCGUCUCAUUCGACUGCACGACAGACUCGAGUAUUAUCGCCCCCAGGCGGAUUCACUCAAGCUCUUCCUAGGCGCUCUGAAUAGGCAUGCCGAAGAACUCAACAAGACCCGGUUCAUCCUCGCCCACAAGGACUUGCACUUCGGCAACAUCAUGUACGACCAAGCGUCGGGUAAGAUCACCGCGAUCCUGGACUGGGAGUUCUCCGGCGUGGUGCCGGCGCCGAAGUGGAACCCGCGCAAGGCGUUUCUCUGGAACUGCGACCGCACCGAGAAGAGCAAGGCGGAGAAGGAGCGGCUUGUGCAGAGGUUCGCGCAGCGCUGCGAGGAAAGGGGCGUGAAACCGCUUCCCGACGAGGUGGAAUACACGUCGCCGCGCCAGAAGGCGAUGCAGGAGAUCGCGGACCAUGUGAGGGCGAUUAUCGAGGUCAGUGUAGCCGAACAGUAUUCGGAAACGACGCACUUGAAGCUGCAGAUCGACGAGCAGGUAGAGGAGUGGGGAAAUACGGUCACCAAGGCACUGGCAGUUUUUGGUAUCUAAGGACCUUUAUCCUU